CCGUGCUGAGUGCAGUCUGCCCUGUUCUAGCUCGCACUCUUCACUAGCUUUCGGAUCUGCUGUUCUGGACUUCGUAUUUCACACCACAUAGGAAGAUCCAGCUCCAGAUCGCAAUGAGUUCUCUGCUCCUUCAGGGGCCACAGGCCCCUCUGUCAACAUGUCACUGAAACGAGAAGGGCAACUUGAUUCUUCUACAUUAAAGAAAAUUGCUACAGACAUGAGUAAUUUCAUAGAAAACCUAGACAGCAGGGAGCUCCGCUUUGAUGGAGAGGAAGUGGAGUCCGACUCUGCGAACGAUCCCAAAGCAAGCGGUGCCUGCAUUCCUUUCUCCGCUAUUUACAAUACUAAAAGCUUCAAAGAGCCUGACCUGCAGUCAUACCUUUUAGGCUGCACCAUCAAAGUCAAAGUUCUAGAAAUGGAACGUUUUGCUUCAUCUUCCUCCUCGAAGGCACCCAUUCUAAAUAUUUACACAAUAGAGCUGACUCAUGGAGAGUUCACAUGGCAAGUUAAGAGAAAAUUCAAGCACUUUCAGGACCUCCAUAGAGAACUCCUUCGCUACAAAGCAUUCAUCCGAAUCCCUAUUCCUAUUAGGAGCCAUACAGUAAGAAGACAGACAGUGAAACGAGACGAUGCCAGGUCGAUGCCAAAUCUUCCACGUAACGCAGAGAUUGUCAGAGAGGAGCAGUCCUCAAGCAGAAGGAAACAGCUUGAAGAUUACUUAAAUGCACUGUUGAAAAUGCCUAUGUACAGGAAUUACCACGCAACAAGAGAAUUCAUUGAUGUCAGUCAGCUAUCUUUUAUCCAUGACCUUGGACCAAAGGGCAUUGAAGGCAUGAUCAUGAAGAGGUCUGGUGGUCACAGAAUACCAGGUUUAAAUUGCUGUGGUCAAGGAAGUGUAUGUUACCGGUGGUCAAAAAGAUGGCUGGUGGUGAAAGAUUCAUUUCUUUUGUACAUGAAAACGGACACUGGGGCUAUUUCAUUUGUCUUACUGGUGGACAAGGAGUUUAGCAUAAAGAUUGGCAAGAAAGACACAGAAACUCAAUAUGGUUUACGUAUUGACAAUCUUUCAAGGAGUUUAAUACUGAAAUGUAACAGCUACCGACACACUCGAUGGUGGGGUCAGGCGAUUGAAGAAUUUGUUGGCAAGCAUGGCAAAAACUUCCUUAAAGAACAUAGAUUUGGCUCGUACGCAGCAAUUCAAAACAACACUCUUUCAAAGUGGUACGUCAAUGCUAAAGGAUAUUUCCACGAUGUGGCAGAUGCAAUGGAAGCAGCAAAAGAGGAAAUUUUCAUCACAGACUGGUGGCUAAGUCCAGAAAUAUUUCUCAAACGUCCUGUUGUUGAAGGAAACCGGUGGAGAUUGGACUGUGUCCUAAGAAGGAAGGCUCAACAAGGGGUAAAAAUCUUUAUCAUGCUAUACAAGGAAGUGGAAUUGGCUUUGGGAAUCAACAGUGAGUACAGCAAGAGGACUCUUAUGCGUCUACACCCAAACAUUAAGGUUAUGAGACACCCGGAUCACAUGUCGUCUUCAGUGUACCUUUGGGCUCACCAUGAGAAGAUUGUAGUCAUUGAUCAGUCCGUGGCUUUUGUUGGAGGAAUUGAUUUGGCCUAUGGACGGUGGGAUGAUGAUGAGCACAGACUGACCGACAUUGGAAGUGUCAAGAGAGUCAUAACACAGUCUACUACUGCCAUAAACACGAUAUCGGGUUCCACUCAGACAUUGAAUGGGGAAGGUAAAGGUGAAAGGAAAGGUAGUUUCCAGCCUCAGGCCAACCAAGCAAGUGAAAAUGCCUUGGACACCUCAAGAAUCAAAGGUUUUGGCAAAUCGAGAAAGUUUGCCAAGUUCAGCCUGUACAAGCAGCUCCACAAACACAACCUCCAACACGCAGACAGUGUGAGCAGUAUAGACAGCCAGUCACGUCAUUCUGAUUCUUAUAAUAGCCACCAGAAUUUAAUCCACGGUUUUAAACCACAUCGGAAGAUUUUUCAUCAUUCAGGUGACUCUGAACUAAAAUUCACUCGAAAUAACGAUGGAGGAUCUGUUCGGAGCCUGCAGACUGGCAUUGGCGAACUGCUUGGUGAAACUCGCUUUUGGCAUGGCAAAGACUACUGCAAUUUUGUCUUCAAAGACUGGGUACAGCUGGACAAACCGUUUGAUGACUUUAUUGACAGAUACCAAACACCAAGAAUGCCGUGGCAUGACAUUUCUUCUGUUGUUCACGGAAAAGCAGCACGUGACGUGGCCAGGCACUUCAUCCAGCGCUGGAACUUCACAAAGAUCAUGAAGCCCAAGUAUCGAUCUCUAUCCUACCCAUUCUUGUUGCCAAAGUCGCACAAAACGGCAAAGGAAUUAACCUAUCAAGUUCCUGGAUCACUGCAUGCUAAUGUGCAGGUGCUUCGUUCAGCAGCUGAUUGGUCAGCAGGAAUUAAGUACCAUGAAGAGUCUAUACACAAUGCCUAUGUGCAUGUGAUUGAAAACAGCAAACACUACAUUUAUAUUGAGAACCAGUUUUUUAUCAGCUGUGCAGACAAUAAGGUUGUUUUUAACAAGAUCGGAGAUGCCAUUGCCCAGAGGAUACUAAAAGCCCACAGGGAGAACAAGAGGUAUCGCGUGUACGUUAUCACCCCACUGCUGCCUGGAUUUGAAGGAGAUAUCUCGCGAGGUGGAGGCAAUGCCUUACAAGCUGUUAUGCAUUUCAACUACAGAACCAUUUGCAGAGGAGACAAUUCUAUCAUUGGACAACUGAAAGCAGAAAUUGGAAAUCAGUGGAUAAACUACAUUUCGUUCUGUGGUCUCCGGACUCAUGCUGAACUGGAAGGAAAUCUUGUAACGGAGCUUAUAUACGUCCAUAGCAAGCUGCUUAUUGCAGAUGAUAACACAGUAAUCAUUGGUUCUGCUAAUGUUAACGACCGCAGCAUGAUGGGAAAGCGUGACAGUGAGAUGGCUGUUAUUGUGCAAGACAGUGAAACUGUUGCCUCAGUCAUGGAUGGGGAAGUUUAUCAAGCUGGGAAGUUUGCUCUAUCACUCCGCAUGCAUUGUUUCAGAAUGCUACUUGGAUGCCUUAAUGACCCAUCCGUCAACAUCCAGGACCCUGUAAGUGACAGAUUUUUCAAAGAGGUGUGGGUUGCAACAUCCGCUCGCAAUACAUCUAUUUUUGAUAAGGUUUUCAGGUGUCUUCCAAGUGACGAAGUCCAUAACUUUAUUCACCUGUCUGACUAUGUUGCCAAGUCUGGACUGGCAACACUGGAUCGUGCGAAAGCACAAGAAGAAUUACAAAGGAUCCGUGGCUUCGUGGUUCAGUUCCCUUUCUUCUUCCUAGCAGGAGAGAAUCUCCUGCCAUCUGUGGGAACAAAGGAGUCCAUGGUGCCAAUGGAAACAUGGACAUAAUCUCCCUGAACUCUAACCUUUUAGUUUGAAGAAGAAACUAAGAGCUUUAUGAAUUUCAAGAAGAGAGCAACUCAAUUGAAAGUCCAGGGUGAUGAGACAAACCUUUACAUAUGUCUACUAGACUUUGCAAUCAUAUUAUUGCAGUGUUUUUAAGACUAGUAAUUUCUAUAAUUUUAUACAUCACAUUGUGUGCCACUCUUGUCCAAAAGCACAUCUAAACACAUAUUCCUACCAAAUAUAUUUUCUUCAUGUAAGCAACAGAUUGGUCUAGUGACCGAGGUGUGUCCAUAUAUUCGUACAGGUAGCCAUUCCAUAUGUGCCAACAUGUUGUAUAGGCAUUUACUUAACAUAAGCUAUUUUAGGAGGAAACAAGUAAUGUAGUGACCAUGUCUCAUGUAUACUUUACAAUUCUUACUGAGGGCAUAAUGUUUAGGUGAGUUACUAAAACCACCCCCUCAUCUGACAACACUUAUAUUCCUUAAUGGUGUUUAGGGCUAUGCAGCUCGUCUGUUUGCGUGUCUUACUAUAGAUGGUAGUUGUGUUAAAAGGCAGAGUUUAGAACGUAAAAUGUUCUAAAGAUGGUCUUUUUAGUUAAAUAUUUUCCUAUGCAACUAAAUUGGGAAAAUACAUUGCACUCCCGUGGGGAUUAGUUAGUCGGACUCACAAAUUAAGGUAAAAUGAGUUAUUUUUUUUAACACAUUGUUAGCAAAAUAUUCCAAGCAGUUUGAUAUCAAACACUUUACUGUUUUUAGAUGUUUUGUCUAUUGUUUUGGGAAUUAUCACCUAAAAUUUAGAUUU